AUGACCGCAGCUGGGUCAGAAUCUGCUACAUCUAUUCUGUGCAACUCUAAGCAGACUCGGUUUCACAUUGAUUCGCCCAACUAUCGCGAGCUAGAUAUUGAGGGCUUGACCAUUACCAUUAAAUCUGCAGACACAGAGAAAGGUCCCAGCAAGGGAAAGGGUAAAGGAAAAUCAGAUGGCAUUGAGAUUCUCUCCAAUGCGAAACUACGGUUGAAGCCAGGCCAGCGAUAUGCCCUAGUCGGGCGGAACGGCACAGGAAAGUCGACUCUUCUGAAAGCAAUUGCGGAAAAGUUGAUACCAGGAAUACCCGAGGAGACGAGGAUUGCAGCGUUACAACAGACGAGGAUCACAGAGGAUGGGGAAUCUUUGAAAUCGGCUGAUCAAGCCCAACCGGACCUGACUGUUCUACAACAGGUCGUGGAGAAGACGAUAUCGAAAGAUAACAUAGAACAAGAUAUAAAAGGCUCGCUUCUCCUGGCUGACUCUCCACAAGCAUUAUCCGACGGCGUAGAUGCAGCGGAUCCAUAUGCUCCAGUGCAAGCACUCAGGCGGCUGAAACAUGAGCGCCUACAACAUCGGCUCUUCAAGUUAAACAAAGAUGCCCGGCUCAGGAGCGGCGCAAGGGGGCUACAAGCGAGGAAAGCGCUGGUAGCCUUUGAAAAGGUCGUGGCCGAGUCCCAAGCUCUUAUCGACCAGCCAAGUGAGGAAAUAUCGGCCAGUGCUCUGCAGGAGGAGACUCAAGAAGCAGCUGAUAUGCUUGCCGACUUACACAUCCAGGUCGAGCCCGCCCGCCUCUCUGAGACAGAGUCCAAGGCCAAAAGUAUCCUCACAGGCUUGGGAUUCACAGAUGCGUACAUGGAGAAGCCUAUUAGGAGCCUUUCUGGUGGGUGGCAUAUGCGGGCGGCGCUGGCGGCAGCGCUGCUGCAGGAGACUGAUAUACUCAUCCUCGACGAACCUACCAAUUUCCUGGAUCUGCUUGGGAUCAUCUGGCUACAGCGAUACUUGAAGUCGCUCCAAGACAGCGACAAGCCCCCCACUCUCAUCCUCGUCUCCCACGACCGUGACUUCAUCUCGCUCUGCACCGACCUCCUAAUCCUCAAGGACAAGCAGCUCACCUACUUCCACGGUGACUUGGCAACCUACGAGGCGUCUCAGUCAGAACGCAAGAUCUGGCUCACCAAGAUGAAGGAGGCCAAGGACAAGCAAAAGGCACACAUUGAAAAGUCCAUUGCCGCCAACAAGAAGGCCGGCAAGGAGAGCGACGACCAGAACAAGCUGCGCCAGGCCAAAUCCCGCCAGAAGAAGCUCGACGACCGCUGGGGGCUCGAGGUCGGGCAGCGCGGGGGCCGGUUCAAGCUCAACCGCGACCUGGUGGGCUUCCACCUGACGGCCCGGGAGGAGAUUGACAUCCCCCCCGAGCAGCGCCCCGUGGUCAUCGCGCUGCCCGAGCCCCCGGACCUGCGGUUCCCGGGAGCCCUCAUCUCGCUCGAGAAGGUUUCCUUCCGCUACUCUGCCAAGCUGGCCCCUGUACUCAAGGACAUCAACAUCUCGGUCGGCAUGGGCGACCGCGUGGGGAUCCUGGGGCUCAAUGGCGCGGGGAAAUCCACGCUCGUGAAGCUCCUCGUCGACCAGUCCCGCCCGACGUCGGGCACGGUGACCACGCACCCCCGGCUCAAGCUGGGCUACUACUCGCAGCAGGCGGUGGACGACCUGCAGUCCCUCGGGCGGGCCGACGAGACCCUCACGGCCCUGGGCCUCCUCACGCGCGAGGUGGGGGGGGAGCUCAGCGAGGGGGAGGUGCGCGGCCUCCUGGGCCAGCUGGGCCUUCCCGGCAGGAUCGCCUCUGACGUGCCGCUGCGGAAGCUUUCUGGCGGGCAGCUUGUCCGGUGCGAGCUCGCACGUCUGUUCUGGCGACGGCCCCAUUGCCUGGUUCUGGACGAAGUAACUACGCAUCUGGACUACGAGACGGUGACGGCACUACGGGAGGCUCUAUCUGAUUGGGAGGGAGCUGUCGUCCUGGUGAGCCACGACAGGUGGUUCAUGCGCGGAGCGGUGGAGGGUGUGGUGGAUGACCAGGAUGAGGGAAGUAAUGAGAGUGACGAUGAAGCAGAGAUUGUGAGAAGACGUACAGUAUAUCGACUAAAGGGGGGCAGUUUGUCUGUGCUAGAGAAUGGCGUCUCCUCAUUCGAGGCUCUUAUGGAGAAGCGGGCGGCAAAGCUCCUCGCCUCAUUCUAA